UGAGACAGAAGAAAAAGGGGGGUCUUCUCUGCAGCAACCCCUCCCUCUUUCGUCCUCCCAUGCUCUUUCUUCCUCUUUCCCCUUACUCAUCUGUUUCUGCCGCUGCACCGAGAGCAAGGACACCUGCCGCUCCCUGAUGAUUCAGCUUUUUGCGGCUCCCAGCGUUUUUGAGGGCGUUUUUCGUCCCCCGGCCACUGCAGUGCGUGGUCGCCCCGUCCUUGACGUGGAUACAGUUGUUGCAGCAGCAGCCGGUCCGUCCCGUCAUCCACGCCUCCUCCUCCUCCUCUUCCUCUGCCAAAGUGUUCAGAUAAUUUGGCGUCGGUAUUCUCCUGGGGAUUUGGUUUCUCGGGAAAAGAAAAAUAAUUUGGCGUCUCCUGGGGAUUUGGUUUCUCGUGAAAAGAAAAGUAAUUUCCUUUGUGCACAGGCCGUCGUCGUCAAGCUCGGACUCUCUCAAGAGCUAAAUCUUACUUCCUUUUUGAAAUACCUGCUCUGAAAAAUCGCUGCAGCCUCGGCCUCGCGAUGGAAAAUGUGCUCGUGGACUUUGGUGGCAGGACGCCGCUGUGCGACGCUCGGGUCUGAUAGUUGAGGCAUUCGCUUCCUUCGUCCGUCCGGUGGAGAAAGGAUGACCGAGGGAAUGGAGGACGUCUCUGCAGGGCCGGCUCCCUCCCCCGUUCGCUCUCCUCUCGAUAACGGGCCGGUCCCAGAGGGGAAACCCGAGAAACCGGAGGAGAAACCGGAGGAGACGGGGGAGACGGGGGAGACGGGGGAGACGGAGGCAGCUGGCGAGAGCGGGGACGAGGGCGUUAAGGGAAUUGCAGAGGGAGUUGACGGCGACGAAGAGGACGAGCGCGCGGGGCCUUUGGGAAUCGUGGCCUUGCCCGGCGCCUGCUGCGUCUGCGUAGAGAUGGAACAGAUCAACCACUGCCUCCACUCCGAGAAAAUCUGCAUCCUGCCCAUCCUGGCCUGCCUGCUUAGCUUAGCGCUGUGCACGGCCGGCGUCAAGUGGGUGUUCGUGGACAAGAUCUUCGAGUACGAGCCGCCCACUCACCUAGACCCCAAACCCAUCGGCCAGGACCCCAUCAUCAUCUCGGUCGACCCCGCGCUGGGAAUCACCGUCUCGAUCCCUCACUCGGCUUCGUCCUCCACCUCCGUGUCGCUGACGACCACCAUCGCCAUCACCCCGGGACGGCCCGAGGUCGUCGUGGAGGAGGAAUCUCGUCCUCCGUCAUCUCCCCGACUGACGUAUCCGCCCGUGACCGUCAAGUACAAUCACCCGACCGUCGCCAAGCAGACGACCCGGCCGAAAACCACGCAGGAGAUAAACAGCAUCGUCCAAACCAUCUCGACGACCACCACGGCCAGGGCGACCAGGACGUCCAGCCACAUCACGCGCUGCAGCGACGGACAGAAAAACUACUGCGUUAACGGAGGAGAAUGUUUCACCCUGGAGAUCAUGCCGGGAAGUACAAAGUUCCUCUGCAGGUGCUUGACCGGAUUCACCGGGCAGCGAUGUGAACAAGCUGUACUUAACAAAGUCUCAAAACAAGCGGAGGAGCUGUAUCAAAAACGUAUUUUAACAAUAACAGGAAUCUGCAUUGCCCUCCUAGUCGUUGGAAUCAUGUGUGUGGUCGCCUACUGCAAAACAAAGAAGCAGAGGAAGAAACUCCAAGAGCGCCUGAGACGGAGUCAGAGGAACAAGAGAAAGACUAAAACCGGUAACGGUUCUAAUCCCGGUAACGGUUCUAAUCCCGGUAACGGUUCCAACCGACGAACCUCGACCGCAGGACGUCGGACUUCCAGUCUUCCUCUCCAAGAGCUGAAGCAAAACAAUCCAUGUAACGGGACGGCAAUGCAGCCUGAAACUGAAGAGACGGAAUCAACUUUCCCCUCGAGCAAAUACACGCCUGGAAUCGAACCCACAACCUUCACCCACGUCAGCCAAAGAUUUGAAUCUUCAACCAAAAGCCUGACUGGACUGUGUUCCGAGUCGGAGACGUUAGCCACGAGUCCGGGAUCUCCCACGACGCCGGGAUCUCCCACGACGCCGGGAUCUCCCGAGACGCCGGGAUUUUCUCCGUCCGAGACGUCGGCGCCGCCGACCAGUCUGGCGAUCUCCGUGGACGAGGACGACCGGCCGUUGCUGCCGACGAACCCGUUCCGGCCGCACAGUGCAGCAGUAGCGGCGGGAUGCUAACGAGCGAAACUGAGGACACGUCCUUCUUUACGGCAGAAAGAUUUACGGCGUUUUGGGCUUCGGACGGCGGCAGGAAUAACCCGGCGGCGCCAAACGACGACCUGCAAGUGAAACCGUCAAGUCUGACCAUCAAACAAGAUCCAAUUGCUGUAAAAAUGAAAAGAAAUAGCUUAAACACUGCAAAAACUCCAAAUCUUACCAGGAAUAUUUGUCUUAUUUCACAAAAUUUUGACUUUUUUCUCGACAUUUCGACACUGGCAGAUUUUUCUACUUAUUUCAAGUGAAAAUUUACUUGAAACAAGUGAAAAUUGUCAAAUAAGUUAUUUUUCGGGAAAUUACUCUUGUUUUAAGUGUAAUGAGAUUUUUUGACUAAAAAUGAGACAUUUUAACUAGAAAUAAGACAAAUAUUCCUGGUAAAAUUUUGAGUUAAAUUGCAGUGAAAUCCUUUAUGGCGAAGGGGGUAAAUUACAAGUCUUCACUAGAAAAAACGUUACUUUCUAUAAAUUAAUUGCUGUAUAAAGACUUUUAAAGAUAAAUUAAUAAAAUUAAACUUAUUUUAGUGACGUAGUGAAUAAAGAGUUUUAUAAAAGCGAUGUAGAAAUUUGUUCAUGUGUUUCAGGUAAAGUGCCAUACGCUAGUAUGUAGCAACACUGCAAAAACUCCAAAUCUUAACAAGAAUAUAUGUCUUAUUUCAAGUUAAAAAUGUCUAAUUUUUAGUCAAAAAAAUCUCAUUCCACUUAAAACAAGUCUCAUCACUGGAAAAAACAACAAUUUUCACCUGUUUCAAGUAGAUUUUCACUUAAAAUAAGUAGAAAAAUCUGCCGAUGGGACAAGAUUUUUUUCUCCAGAUUUUGACUUUUUUCUCAAAAAGAUUUUUUUGCUUGUAAUGAGAAGAUAAAUCUUGUUCCACUGGCAGAUUUUUCUACUUAUUUCAAGUCAAAAUUUACUUGAAACAGGUGAAAAUUGUCAAAUAACAAAUUACUUUUCUGGUAAUUACUCUUGUUUUAAGUUUAAUGAUAUUUUUUGACUAAAAAUGAGACAUUUUAACUAAAAAUAAGACAAAUAUUCCUGGUAAGAUUUUGAGUUUUUGCAGUGCAGAGAAUAUUUGAGAGCAGAAAAAUUUCAAUGGUGCCUUUUUUUUAGUAAACGCUUCUGAAAUAAUACGGCAAACUGGGCUAAAUAUCAGCGUCCCAACGUUUUGUAAAUUUGAUGUGCAUGUUGUGAAAGAAUAAUGAGCAUGUUGCCGUUUCACACUGAAAAAACUCAAAAUCUUACCAGGAAUAUUUGUCUUAUUUCUAGUUAAAAUGUCUCAUUUUUAGUCAAAAAAUCCCAUUACACUUAAAACAAGACUCAUUACUGGAAAAAACAACAAUUUUCACAUGUUUCAAGUAGAUUUUCAAUUAGAAUAAGUAGAAAAAUCUGCCAGUGGAACAAGAUUUUGUUGCACUGCAAAAACUCAAAAUUUUACCAGGAAUAUUUGUCUUAUUUCUAGUUAAAAUGUCUCAUUUUUAGUUAAAAAAAAUCUCAUUACACUUAAA